AUGCGGCCCUCCACAUCCAUACCCUCCACCCUCACGAUCACGAGCAUAUUCCUUCUCCUCCUGUCCCUCCUGCAGCCCACCACCGCCGCAAAAUCCAGCGCCACCUCAUUCUGCAAAUGCAUCUGCUUCAACAACAGCACCAUCAUCCCACUCAACCCGCCGUCCUCCAAAACAUCCUCCCACAAUCUCGAAAUCCGGUCCCCGCCACUGGGAGAGCGAGCAGACGAUGACGACAAGACCCCAGCAAAAGCACACCGCAAACUCACCUGCGCGGACUGCACACGCGCGUUCUGCCUCGACUAUAACCUACCGAUAUGCAAGGAUGCCGGGGAUGAAGAUGUAUUCACUACAUGUUUUCAACGAGACUCACUAAAAGACGAAACCGUCGUGGUGAUCUUCAUCUUCGCGACCGCCGGGCUGCUGGCCUGGGCCCUCGUCAAACCGUGGGUCGACCGCCUGCGACUGCGCAACCGACCCCAAGACUUCGAGCCGCUGGUGGCCUCCCAAGCCAGCAGUGACGGAGGCUCGAGAAAUAACAGUUCUGCUUUGCCUCGAAGCACCCGGCAGGAGUCGGCGCGCGGAGGUGCAGGUGGGAAUGGGACCGGAAACGGACGAGGCGGC